CAUUCUCUGAUUCAACGAUCAAUUGCUGGAUUCGAGAUGAUAAUUCGAUUGCAAUUCCCCCACAAACCCCCUCUCCUUUACUCCUCGCAGCCUUCUUCACCAAAACCCAUCAAACACCCUAUUCCUUCCCCAAGAAAACGCUCCGAAAUUCUACUGGACGGCUUCACCCCUCUCAGAACCCGCACCCGCUCUACUCCUCUCCCCACACACCCAGCCUCCGCCUUCGAUUCCGGUCUCCUUUUCCGCGAGAAGCUUCUCUACCUCGAAGCCCUCAACGUUGACUCCUCCAAAGCCCUCGAGAAGAACCCAGAUCUUCGCUCCGCUCCUGUCGACUCCCUCAAGUCCGUCGAGCAAUGUCUCUACUCAAUGGGUAUCGAACGCUCUAACUUCCGCCGCAUCUUCGGAAUGCAUCCUCAGCUCCUCACCUGCGACCCCCACACCCAUCUCUAUCCUGUCUUCGAUUUCCUCCUCAAUGAUGUCGGAAUCCCAUUUCACGAUAUCCGCACAUCCAUCGCUCGAUGCCCCAGACUCUUGGUUUCCAACGUUCAUGAUCACUUGAAGCCUGCCCUGUAUUUCCUACGCAGGCUUGGAUUCGUGGGUUCUCACGCAAUCACUUGCCAGACGACCCUCCUCUUGGUUUCCAGCGUGGAGUGCACCCUUGUGCCUAAACUCGAGUAUCUGCAGAGCUUGGGAUUUUCGUACGAGGAGACGUGUAAGAUGGUUUUGAGGUCGCCUGGGUUAUUAACGUUUAGUAUUUCCAAUAAUUUUCAGCCCAAGGUGGACUACUUCUUGAAUGAGAUGAAUGGAGAUUUGGCGGAGCUCAAGAGGUUUCCCCAGUAUUUCUCUUUUAGCCUGGAUGGGAAGAUAAAGCCUCGGCAUCGGCUUUUGGUCGAGCAUGGGCUCUUACUUUCUUUGUCGGAGAUGCUGAAAGUUAGCGAUGGUGAAUUUAGGGAGCGUUUGAUCGAAAUGCGGCUGCGUUCUCUGGAAGAGAGAGCGUCUUUGUAAGUUAUGUGCUUCUUUGUCUUUAUUGUACAUCAAAUCAACAGGAAAUCUACAACUAAAGAAAAAACUAGAAAUUUGCUGGGGGAAUUUGUUGUCUGAUAUUAUUCCAUGAAUGUAUAAUUUUUAUACCCCCAAUAACCAAGAAUAUAAUCACAAUUGGCAAUGGGAUUUGUAUAUUGUAGACAAGCUUUUACUUCUA